CGCCGUUUGUUAUCAUCAACGAUGACUUCCCACAGAAGAAACCUGUCGAUCUCGUCCACCGAAGACGACCCGUAUGCCCAUGCCGAGAGCUACUACGGAGACAAAAAGUCGCUCUCCAAGUCCUCUAAGUUGGGCAGGGUCCGCACGUUUUCUGUGUUUGAAACAAAGUCCAAGAUCUUCGAUGAUUUCCGCAAAGAUCUCUUGAAGGACCACAAGAACUCGUCUUGCGAGAACAUCGGCGACGACAAGACCCCGUCCCCUGAAAAGUCGCCUUCUCCCCCUGCCCCUGUUACCAACGGAAACCGCAGACCCUCCAUCGUGCCUAUCUAUGAUGACAUUGCCAACCAGAGCUCCUCAGAGCUCAAACCUGAGUUGCACGCUCGCCGUGCCUCGGUGGACGACUCCUUCUUGAGACCCAAGAAGUUCUACAUCAACGAUAUAGACCUCACCUUGCGGGAGUUGCUCGAAAACGAAGACACUGAUCAUAACUACCAGAUCACCAUCGAAGACACCGGUCCCAAGGUUUUGAAGUUGGGAACCGCCAAUUCCGGUGGUUACACUAAGGCACCCGUCAGAGGAACCUACAUGCUCAGUAACCUCUUGCAAGAGCUCACCAUAGCCAAAAGAUUUGGCAGGGACCAGUUGAUUUUGGACGAGCAAAGGCUUAACGAGAAUCCAGUGGCUAGAAUCAAAAGAUUGAUCACCACUCAGUUCUGGAAGUCCCUUACCAGAGAAAUCACCAAGGACAACAUCGUCGAAAUGUCCAAGGAUACCAAAAUCAAGGAGAGCUACUAUGAUGCCGAAGGCAAACUCAUCGAGAAUUCUGAAAGUCACAGAAUUUAUAUUCCACACAAUAGACAAGACCAGUACGAAUAUUUCAAUUCGAUCAAGAAGGCCAACCCAAAUAUUGUCUUGGAUGUGGUGUAUUUACCUGAAAAAAUCGAUGGUCAAUUCAUCAAAUCAAUAAACAAUAAACCUGGUUUGUUGGCACUCAGUGCAAAGCCUGAUCCGAACGAAAAAGGAAAUCUCCUUAACGAGCCAUACGUCGUUCCAGGUGGAAGAUUCAAUGAACUUUACGGAUGGGAUUCUUAUAUGGAAACCCUUGGGCUUUUGACCGACGUCACCCCAAAGUCCAACCAUGAGCACUUGAGGUUGGCAAGAGGUAUGACCGAAAACUUCAUUUACGAAAUCCAUCAUUAUGGUAAGAUCUUAAAUGCAAACAGAUCCUACUACUUGGGCAGAUCCCAGCCACCUUUCUUAACCGAUAUGGCCCUUCGAGUCUUUGAGAAAACCAAGGAAGUUUAUCCCGAAAAGCUUCCAGAAACUAUAGAUUUCUUAAAGAGAGCCACUUUGGCCUCCAUCAAGGAGUAUCUCACCAUCUGGUGCGCCAAGCCACGUUUGGAUGAAAAGACGGGCUUAUCGUGUUAUCACCCUGAGGGUGUUGGUAUUCCACCAGAAACUGAAGCCACUCAUUUCGAUGCAGUAUUAAAGCCUUAUGUUCAAAAGCACAAACUUACACAGGCAGAAUUCAUUGAGAAGUAUAACUCCCAAGAAAUCCAUGAGCCUGAGCUAGACGAAUAUUUCCUCCAUGAUAGAGCUGUCAGAGAGUCUGGCCACGAUACCAGCUACAGAUUGGAAGGUAAAUGUGCUGAUUUAGCCACUGUGGACUUGAACUCGUUGCUUUACAAGUAUGAAGUUGAUAUCUCUACCGUUUUGACGAACUACUUCGACGGAAAGUUGCAAGAUGUCAAUGGAACUGUACACCAAGCUUCUGAGUGGAUUCAGCGUGCAGCCACUCGUAGAAAGAACCUCACCAAAUACUUGUGGAAUGAAAAGGACUCGAUGUUCUACGACUACAACGUUAAGACGGAACAGCAAACUGGUUACGAGUCUGCCACCACUUUCUGGCCUUUGUGGUCGCAGGCAGCUACUCGGGAACAGGCUAAGAAGCUUGUGGAGAAUUCUGUCAGCAAGUUCGAAGAACACGGUGGGCUUGUGGCAGGUACUCUUAGAUCUCGUGGAGAGAUCAACUUGCACCGUCCUUCCAGACAAUGGGACUAUCCAUAUGGAUGGGCCCCACAGCAGAUUCUUGCGUGGAUCGGGUUGAACUCGUACGGCUACACGGACGUGGCUAGCAGGUUAGCCUACCGUUGGCUUUUCAUGAUGACUCGUGCGUUUGUUGACUACAACGGUGUUGUAGUCGAAAAAUACAACGUGUGCAAGGGAGCUGUGCCCCAUAGAGUGGAUGCAGAAUACGGUAACCAGGGAUUGGACUUCAAGGGUGUUGCAACCGAAGGGUUUGGCUGGGUUAAUGCCAGUUACUUGGUUGGGCUCCAAUAUUUAAAUUUACAUGCAAAGAGAUGUUUGGGUACAUUGACCCCUCCGGAAGUGUACUUGAGGAGUAUCGAAACUCACAAAGACACUGUCGAGGACGUCCAGGGAAUAGUUUAGAGUUUAUGAUCUGCCACGGCAGAAGUUAUGUGGCCAUGUCGUAGAGUUUAUUUAUCUAGAAUAAGACAAGAUACAAGAUUUAUAAGCGUGAUACUACGCUAACAACCACAACGUCAAUUGUAGUACCAACUCCAUAUUUUACACAACUGAGUGCAUGAUUCUAUACUAAUUUGCUGUGUACUUAUUCUU